UAAUUUAUCGUCCAUCCCUCCUCAUGAUUUUCUUUUGUUUUAACCCAUCAGUCGUUUCAACAUCUUUGGCUUUCUUGAUCCCAACUCUGCGUUUUCUUAUGAUCUAGCAGCUGCUUGCCUCUCACUCUUCCCCUUCUUCCUGCAACAAGUUGAGCUAGCCAGCCUCUUUCUGCGUUAUUAGAGGAAAAUAUUUAGUGUUAUAUAUUGGGAUAUAUAUAUUAACAAAGAAAAGUACUACGAGAAGAUGGGCGAUUCCUCUGCUUCAUACAUCCACAUGGUGCACCAUUUAAUCGAGGAGUGCAUCAUAUUCAACAUGAGCAAAGAAGAGUGCAUGGAAGCCCUCUCUAAGCAUGCAAACAUCAAACCCAUCAUUACCUCAACAGUGUGGAAGGAGUUGGAGAAGGAGAACAAGGAGUUCUUUGAGGCAUACACAAAGAACAGGGAAACUAGAGCCUCUGAGAUGGAGAUCACAAAGCAAAGGAUCGAGAAGAUGCUUUUAGAUCUUUCGCAAAAAGACAGCUCCGACGACGAUGAUCAGAAGUAGUUUGAUUUUUCAUUCAAGACAACAACCGAUAAGAUGGCCCUUUUGGCUUUAAUUGCUAGGCAAUACCUAUUCCUCUCUAUGCAAACACCAGCGUAAAGGCCGCCAAAAAAAAAGACAGCAAAUAACGACAUGUAAUACGGACGGCAGAUACGACGUCGUCCAGCAGUCAUCAAUAGUAGUUGGGAAGUGUGAUUUGUAAACCUGCUUGGUUCGUUGGGUGGCUGGGGUGGGUUGGCGUACACGUGGCAGAGCCCGCUGUGCUCCAUUGGCCACCCUUGUGUGUGUGUGUGUGUGUGGCAUUGCAGAUGCUUUGGACUGUUUUGUAAAUUUACUUGUCCAGCCUUUAUUUAUUAUCUUCAUAAUCAAUUC